AUGUCUUUCAGCAACACCGACACCGGCUCCAAGACCGCCGACCCUUACACGGCCAAGAACAAGCAGGAGCCGUCAUUGAAGGAGAAGGUGGAAGACUUGCAGGCGUUUGUGGACAAGACCAAGUUCUGCUUGAUGACUACGCAGACUUCGGAUGGGCUCUUGGCGAGCAGGUGUAUGGCCAUGGCUGCUAAGGAGGACAACGUCGACUUCAUCUUCCACGCCAACUCGGAAUCUGGCAAGACCGACGAUCUCAGCGCCCACUCCCAAGUCAACCUCGGCUUCCUCAACAACACCGGCGAAUGGGCCAGCAUCAGCGGCAAAGCCACGGUAGAGACCGACCGCGAAAAGGUCCGCAAGUACUACUCCCAGCACCUCAAAGCCUGGAUGGGCGACUUGGGCGACGGCAAGCACGAUGGUGGACCCGAAGACCCCCGCAUCGUCGUCAUCAAGGUCAAGAGCGAAACGGCGCAGUAUGCUACGGCCCGUGGUACGGCCAUCGGAAGCGCGAUUGAGAUGGCGAAGGGCGUAAUCACGGGCGAGGCGCCGCAGGUCAACAAGCUGCGUCAUUUGAGCGAGCAGGAGUUGCAGCAGGCUCGUAGCUCGUAA